AUGGCGUACAACCAAUCCACCCAUGGCCAUUUGCCUUCUUGGCCAUCAGACAACACAAGAAGCCAAAACGACCCAUUCUACCAACCCUCAGCCGUAUCAAAUUUGGUAGAAAGCCCAUUACAAACGGCCACCAUCUCCGAAUUCCAAGGAGAAGCCCAAUCUUGGGACUUACAGACAUGCACCUACGCAACUCCCAGCUACGAAGUCUACCCUCCCGACACCAUCUUCCAACAACCCAUACCAGAGCAAGAGAUACCUCACAGCACUGCCUUCCCCUCCACCACCUAUCCACCUCUCAGAUCCCAACCUACCUCUCCAUCACCCUCUCCACCUUCCCAAACACAUUUCUCCUACUACCAGUACGUAACAACUCCCCCCAACCACCAUGCUAACUCCAUCCUAACCAUCUCUCCGACACUCUUCUCCUUACCUAUCCGCCACGCACCACGCGCCCCCCUCCCCCACAGCCACACCAGCAACCUCCUCCUCCUCCUCCUCCUCAACCUCCCCUCCCCCACCGACCCAGCGUGUACGGGACCGGCGAGGGCCAGAGGGCGGUACAAGUGUGUGAGUGAGGGGUGUGAGAGGGUUUAUGCGCGGUCGGAUGGGUUGAGGGUGCAUGUUAGGCGGGUGCAUGGGGGUAAGAAGAAGGCAUCAUGA